UUUGUUUUUGGGGAUUUUUAAGCUUAUGCUGAUUUUUAUUGAAAAUUUUUAUUUUAGGGAUAUUGAUUCUCCUAGAAAAAUAUUUAAAAAAAAUUUGCUUACAAAAAUGGAUUUACCACCCUCAAAAUUGGCGAGUACCGCAUCACGUGUUUGGGACGAGAGCACUAGUCACUUUCACAAAACUGAUAUAAAUAUUGAUCUCGGACUUCAUGGACUUUCAGAUAACAAAAAUGGGAAUGAAAAUUCACCCAAUAAACCGACGUCGUCUUCUGGCAUUUCUUCUGGAUAUGUUUUUGGUUCGAGGCUUUUUGAACGAGCGGCGCAAAAGGUUUGA